CCGAUGAUCGCUGCAACGAGUAUUGCGAACGUGUUCCUUUUAUUUUUUAAUGCUGUUGCCUGCCCAGCGUUCAUGGUAAGGCUGAAAAGCUUGGCUCCCACUGGGCCAUUCCCCACCUGUCCUGCCCUGAGUGAGCUGAGAUUCUCGAGUACCAAAGAAGGAUGGUGAAUCUCUUGCCGACCCCAAAUCUCGCCAAGCCGAGUCAUCCUUCUCCUCCUCCUCCUCCCCCCGCUCUUAUUUCGCACCACUUUUGUCGCUAUUCUUACCCUCCCUAUCACUAUUAUUACUCCUUACUCCAAUAAUCUCAUAAUGACCCUGCUUGACUCGUAUCGCACCCCGACCCAUACCGUCUAAACAGAGCAAAAUACCCUCCCCCGCCAUGGCUACCCACACCGUGGAACGUUAUGGCCCCAAAUUGGUCGAAAAGGCCGACAAACUCCAGCAACGAGUGAGCACCAAUGAUGCCUCAAAACCUGCCGGUGGCUUCGAUGCGACACCUAUUCCGCACGCUCCGCCUGGGUACACCAUCAAGUUCACCUUCCAUCGCGCCGUGGACCUCCCCUUCGCAGAUAUCGGUAGUUUCUCGUCAGAUCCCUACGUCCUUGCGCGCCUCGAGGUCGAUCUGCCCCGUCGGCAUAAGCAGGAUCCAGGCGUGGCAUUCCGGACCCACACGAUACACAAGGAUAAGAACCCCGUCUGGAACACCGAAUGGAUUGUUGCCAACGUACCGGCCUCGGGGUUCAAGUUGAAGGCUCAUGUGUACGACGAGGACCCUGCGGAUCACGAUGAUAAGCUGGGCCUAGCGACCGUCGAGGUUUCCUCGCUCUCGGAAAAUUGGUCGGGCAUGAAAGAACAUCCGUUCAAGGUCAAGCAUCGCUUUGCUAGCAAGCGGGUCUAUGUCUUGACCAAUAUAUCCAAAGUCACCGGUCAUCACAAAGAGUCGUUCAUCUACCUGAGUAUCGAAUGCUUGGGGAAGACGCCGGGUACCGAAGGGGGUCAGAUGUAUACCGUCGGUCCGAAUUCCUGGUUCAAGCACUUUUCUCCUCUCAUCGGACGACUGGCGGGUGUAAAGGAUUCGGUUCAGAGCGAGGAUGGGAGUGGCAAGGAGAUCAGUCGAUACAAUUUCCAAGCUAUUCAGAUGCAGCUAACCGGGCCAGUCCCAUCCGAAAUGUACCACCGCUACGUGGAGUUUAAGCCAUUCGUGGCCGGCAUGUUCCAGGCGCAAAGCUUGCGAGGUCGGAUCCUAUACAAAGCGCUCCAUCACCAGCAUCAGCGCAUCUACAACUUUGACCGCUCGACGUUGCAUGGUGCCUUUCAAGAGCCCUGCCGGGCAAUGACUCAAAAGUUCCUGGAAUUCGUGCAACAUGGCCAGGGCGGACGUAUUUUCACCUACGUGCUCAUGCUGGAUGGACAGUUCCGAUUUACCGAGACUGGCAAGGAGUUUGGAAUCGACUUGCUGAGCAAACACACCAUGCACAGUGACGUGUCCAGCUAUAUCGCAUUCUCGGGCGAGUUCUUUGUCCGCCUCCGCGGACAUCGUCACCGCCAUCGCUCUCGCUCGCAGUCUCCAGCAUCGCGACCCUCCACAUCGCAUCCUCCCGCCGAAUUUCCCGUAGACGAAGACAAUAGCGCAGAACCGGCCAAAGAAGCCCCGCAGAUGUCGACCGAUCCCGCAGACUAUGAGCUCUUCAUCGACAACGACAGCGGUACAUACCGUCCGAAUGCCGAACUCCUGCCCUUGCUGAAGAAAUUUUUCGCUUCAAACUUCCCCGGCCUGCAUAUCACGACCUUGGACUGCAACGGCGAUGCGGAGCGUAUGGGUCAGCUCAAGGAAGAACAGCGCGAGUCCAAGAGGAAGCAGGGCCAGAUGUUCACGUAUCUGCAGCAGCACAGUGCCUCGUCUCUGUCCAUCUCCAGCUCGGAGGAAGAUGAGCUGAACGAGCGCAGUGGGAGUGGCAAGCAACGCGGUGAUCUAUCCCGUCGAGUCCAUGAGAUGCGUGACGUCAAGGGCCAGAUGAUGCGGUGGGUGGAACAUGAUGGCCAUGUCGAUCGACCCAAGAAUCACUAUCAUUCCGCACGCGAUCGAGCUGCUUCGAUGGGAGAGGUUAAGAAUUCGCGCAAGCCAUUGUCGACGGUCGACUCGGCAGUCUAGAUGCUGCCGUCGCCCGUUGGGGUGCCAUAGUUCUUUGAUUCCUGGGGCCUUCUUUUUUUGUUAUUUUCCCGUCGUUGUUUUGACUCUUGCAACUUUUUAAUAUGCCUUCUUCUCGGUCUGGAACCGAGUUUCAUGACCUUCACGACUCGGUUGAUGUUCACGCCCGCGAUGUAGUUAUCUGAGAAAGGACGAAUAGAGAUGGGAGCGGAUGAGUGGGAGGAGUGGAGGCGUUGUAUAGUGAUUCCCGCGUGUGUUUCAUAGGCCCUUUUUUGUGGAUGAUUCCUAGCUUUACUACUAAUGCUAUUUUAUGAUUUUCAUACACUUUGAUUGCCGU